AUGCAGAGGAAGGUUAAGCUGCGCUUGGCAUCGUUGUAUCCGAACUGGGUCUUCUACGCCAAGGACUUGGACAGUCCUCUGCGAACGCUGCAGACGCCGCUGCUCCAGGCGCUGCUGGUGCCUGACCCGGGUGGCUGCAUGGGCUUUGGCUUCUUGACACUGGACCAGGGCCGCCGCCUGCUGUGCCUUUUGGAGGACGAGGCCCUCGCGCAGGAGGUGCCACUCGUUGGGAUUUGGGUCGAUCUGAGGCACGAGAGCCAAGAGGAGAGCCGGAGCCCGGCAUCCUCAGCAGCAGUGUGGGCAGCGGCGGCGCACUUUGUGCAGCGAAGGCAAGUCAGAGAGAAAGUGUGGGUCGACACGAGCACAUUCCUUGUCAUGUCUGUCACCCAGCAGAGGACAACGCCUUCCGGCUCCUCAUCCACGAAGCUUUUGUUUUCAGAGUUUCGCUAUGAAGAAGCACCCGAUGAGGGGCUUCAUCUCGCGUCUGUGGAUUUCGAAGUGGGUCAGGCUGGUCCCGAAGACCUGGGCCAAAGCCUUGACCUGACCUAUUUGGACACCUUCACGGCUGACCUGGUGGAUCUGGCGAAGAUCGCUGGAGGAGCCGCCACGUCGAUGGAGGUUCUCCGUUCGCGAGCUCCAGAGCUACCAGAGCGAACACCAUCACCCAGCCACCAAAGCGAGGCUGAGCCACAGGGGCUGGCGCGAGAGGAGCUGAGGACCUCUGUAGCGAGUUUGGAAACGCUCGGCAACGGCAGGCCAGAGGAGCCACGGAGUCAGCCGCGUCCAGCUGCGGAGGACUGCCGUUCCUGCGGGGCGAGCUACGUUGGCGAAGCUGCUUUCUGCAGUCACUGCGGGUUGCGUCGCCCACUGCCUUCUCCACCAGAUGCUCCACCACAGACACACUUGUGGAAAGGCACCAGCAGCCCCAGAAAGGGACGCAUCUCAUCUGCUCCUGCAGCUCAUCCCUCGACACCGUCUUGGAGGUCCGAGGCUUCGGAGUCUGAGGGAGUUUCCUUGAGACACAUCGUUGGCCAGCAGCAGCAACAACUGGGACUUCUGCAGUCGCAGCUACAAAGCGUUCAACAGCUUCUCACUCAUCUGGUGACGAAGGGCUAUCCGCAGCCGACCACCUUAGAUGUUCCCAAGGCUGAUGUUGCUGUGAAUGCGGCCCUAGAUGAGGUCCAAGUCAGUGUCGCCCACGUGCAGACAAGCCCGCGCAGCACCGUCAGCAUAGGACUUCAAGCCUCAGUCUCGAUGCAGGAAGCGGCUGUGAACACGGUCUCCGCGAAGCCCGAACAACCAAAGCAAAAGCCACCCUUGGAGUCGGUGCAAGCGGCCAUUCGGGACUCAGCCGACACGGCGGGAGGUGCCAGCCCACGCUGCCUUCCUGAAGCUCAGCCUCCGACAAUAAGGGGCCAGUUGGAACCAUCGUGGAAUCCCAUGGUCGGUGUGCCGCGCAUUCUAUGCCCAUCUGACUUAUCCAUGCUUGGCUCUGACGACGAGGUAGAUGCUGAACUGUCUGACGAUGGUAGCAUUGAUCUGAUGGUUGGAGACCUCACAUUGGAACCUGUUUAUUUUCACCAUUCCUGA